AAUUUUAUUUCAACAGUCGGGUCACUGGACUUCAGACUGUGACAAAGCGAUUUCCACUGUACUUUUUGAGAUGGAUAACGACAAGAAAUCCACGUUCGAUCCUAAAGAACACCAGCAUAUGCGAUACAAUCCUCUGCGAGACUCUUGGGUGCUGGUCUCGGCUCAUCGGAUGAAACGACCAUGGAAAGGACAGGUUGAGAAACCUUCCGAGGACAACAUCCCAAGACAUGACCCAAAUAACCCCCUCUGUCCUGGCAGCACGAGGGCCAACGGCGAGGUGAAUCCAGAGUAUGACAGCACCUUUGUGUUUGAAAAUGACUUUCCUGCUCUUCAACCAGAUGCUCCAGAUCCUGGCUCUGACCACCACCCCUUGUUCCAGACCAAAGCUGCCCGAGGUGUUUGCAAAGUCAUGUGCUUUCACCCCUGGUCUGAUAUCACCCUCCCGCUGAUGCAGCCUGGUGAAAUCCGCAAGGUGAUUGACAAGUGGGUGGAGCUGAUUGAAGAGCUCGGACCCACUUACCCAUGGGUGCAGAUCUUCGAGAACAAAGGUGCCAUGAUGGGAUGCUCCAACCCUCAUCCUCACUGCCAGGUGUGGGCCAGCAGCUUCCUACCCAAUGAACCAGCCCUGGCUGACCGCACUCAGAGGGCCUUUCUGCAGGAGCAUGGAGAACCCAUGCUGGUCCAGUAUGCCAGAAAAGAGGCCCAGGUGCAGGAGCGUGUGGUAGUGGAGAAUGAAGACUGGCUGAUUGUAGUACCCUAUUGGGCCACGUGGCCUUUCCAGACCUUACUGUUGCCACGGCGACAUGUCCUGCGCCUCACUGACCUUACUGGCAAGGAGCGAGAUAGUCUGGCAUCCAUAAUGAAAAGGCUCCUGACCAAAUAUGACAACCUCUUUGAGAUCUCCUUCCCCUACUCUAUGGGUUGGCACGGCGCACCCACAGGAACCCACCUAACAGAAGACAUGAGUCACUGGCAACUACAUGCUCACUACUACCCCCCACUGCUGCGCUCUGCUACAGUCCGCAAGUUCAUGGUGGGUUAUGAGAUGCUUGCCCAGGAACAGAGGGAUCUCACACCUGAACAGGCAGCAGAACGACUGCGGGGUCUUGGAGAGGAGCAUUAUAAGAACAGAGUUAGAGGAGGAGAUGGAGAAAAAACUGAGAAAAAAUGAGAAGAAAAAGGAUUGACCUCCAACCUUGAAGUAUUUCUGAUACCAAAGCUGUGUGGGAGUUACCCAGAAACCAUCACGGAAUCAUAAGAUGAAUUCAUUUCAGUAUAAAACGCUGGUAAUUCAACUCUUAACUCUUAUGUUCUGUAACCUGCAACCUAAGACAGAUGUGGAACGUGUGCUCUUAAAAUAGUUUUAGGCUAGCCUGAGGGGCCCGUAAUUGCUAUCAAGUAUUGUCAUACCAAGGGGUCAGAUAACCACUCUAUUGAAAGCUGAGGUUACAGAACCGCCGAUUGUGAAUUUUAAUCUUUGAUUAAGCACUUCAGUGGAACAAUUCCCUUGAGCAUUUUGAUUGUUUUUCUUCCUUCUUCAGUUCACACGUUUUUUCCAGGGAGUACAUUGAAAACAGAUGUAUUUGAGAGAUUAAAGUCAGCCAUCUAAAAAAAAAA